AUGUUGGAAUUUCGAACUUUUCUUGUUUAUUAUGAACUUGAGAAUAGUCCUGGAGAGCUCGCCGAACCAAAAAGUUUACAGUUUCCCGGUCAUAUUUGGCAGCACAAGGACAUAUUUAUGGCCGAGUUGAAACUGGAAGUUCCUGAAAUUUCGGAAACUUUUAAAUUAAAAUACAACGAUAUCGAUGGAGCAAUCUUAAAAGUGCGCGGAGCCGAAGAUUAUGAAAAAUUCAUGAAUAGGCUUGAAAAGACGGAUGAAAAUGAUGAAAUUGUUCUGAUACUGGAGAGAAUUCAGUCGAGAAAACCGUCUUCCGGAGUAGGAUAUUCUGAGGACAAUCGAAUUUUUCCAUCUGAAUUGCAACGUGGAAAAUACGUUGGAAAUGGGGUUCAUGGCACAGUUAUUAUGGCACGUCAUGAGAAAACCGAUAAAUGGUAUGUGAUCAAAACGAUUUUCUCACAUAAUAACGAUAAAAAGGAGUAUGAAAAGGAAAUUGUUGCGUAUGAAGAGUGCUCCCAGUCAGACUACGUAGUCAAGUAUUAUGGAUGUGAAGUGAGUUCAUCGAAAAAAGAAUUGGUUCUUGAAUACAUGGACGGUGGCGAUUUCCGUCAAUUCGGUGCACUUCCAUAUCGUGUUCAUCAAAGUGUCACUUUAUCAUUGAUACGAGGAAUUCGACAUGUAUGGAAUAGUGGGCCUGGAUAUAUUCAUCGAGAUAUUAAACCUGAGAAUAUUUUGGUCAAUUUACGAGGAGAAGUCAAAAUUUGUGAUUUCGGGACUGCAAAGAGAAUCGACAACACAUAUCGAAUCGCCACAACGGGAGCCGGAACCGAACGAUAUCAGUCACCAGAACAACACAAUGGGGGUGAUUAUAGUGAAAAAGUCGACAUUUGGGGAUUUGGAUUGACACUUUGGGAACUCGCAUUGGGACCGGUUCAUGAAGAAUAUCUGAGUAGAUUUAUAUCAUACGAAGAAGAGAUUAUUGUAGAACCAAUUGAUGGAUAUCCGGAUUCACUCGUUGAGCUCAUUACUAACUGUCUUCGAAUCAGUCCGUCAACUCGUUGGAAUCCUGAUCAAAUUGAAUCGUGUGCAUAUCUACGAGAUCUCUCUGAAUCGGAUCGUCAAUGUGUUGCAAACUUUGUGAAAAGUAGACAUUAUCAACGGUAG